AGAGAGAGAGAGAGACGGGAAAAAGAGAGGGAGGCGGAAUGCAACAGGCUAAAGUCAGUCGUCGACUUGAGAGAAACUUCACAACUUUUGAGUUCAUGGUCUGCUCAUUCUUGCGUUGACUUAUAUCCUUGUAAAAAAAAAAGUAGCCUCCCCCUCCCAGAACAAAAACCAGCAAGCAGACUGCCGGCCUCCCAUCAGACAUCUGACUAGUGGCCAUCGCCGUCACGUGAUCUCCAGGAGGCCAUCACAAGUCUCACCCCCGCCUCCGCAUCCCAACUUGGGAGAAGCCAACACCUUGAGGUGCUGGCUGAAUGGCACCUGACCCUUUCGCUUUCCUCUGCGGCCCCUGACCACCGAGACGUGGUGAAAAAUCAGCUCAAAAUCACAGCAGUGGCUUUUUAGUGUUACCAUGGCAACCAACAAGGAGCAUCAACUGCGUCAUAUGGCGGGCUUCCCUCGCACCAUGUAUCCUUUCCCUUUCAAUGCCAUGAGGAGCCACUCCCCCUUUGACCUGCUGGCCAGCAGCAACCUUUUUGGCCGCUUCGGGGCAGACCUUCCGAAAGAGAUGGCAGCAUUGUCCGUGGAGACCCAGAGCACCAGCUCCGAGGAGAUGGUGCCCAGCUCGCCUUCUCCUCCGCCGCCGCCUCGCGUCUACAAGCCCUGCUUCGUGUGCCAGGACAAGUCGUCUGGAUACCACUACGGGGUCAGCUCCUGUGAGGGCUGCAAGGGUUUUUUCCGGCGCAGCAUUCAAAAGAACAUGGUGUACACGUGCCACCGAGACAAGAACUGCCAGAUCAACAAGGUGACUCGUAAUCGUUGUCAGUACUGCCGGCUGCAAAAAUGCUUCGAGGUGGGCAUGUCCAAAGAAGCCGUACGUAAUGACCGCAACAAAAAGAAAAAGGACGUGAAGGAGGAGGUGGUGCUGCCUGAAAACUACGAGCUGAGCGGCGAGCUCGAGGAGCUGGUCAACAAAGUGAGCAAAGCCCACCAGGAGACAUUUCCGUCGCUGUGCCAGCUGGGCAAAUACACCACAAACUCGAGCUCUGACCACAGAGUCCAGCUGGACUUGGGCCUGUGGGACAAGUUCAGUGAGUUGUCCACCAAGUGCAUCAUCAAGAUUGUGGAAUUUGCCAAGAGACUACCAGGCUUCACUACGCUAACCAUCGCCGACCAGAUCACCCUCCUCAAGUCUGCUUGUCUGGACAUCCUGAUGCUGAGGAUAUGCACGCGCUAUACCCCCGAGCAAGACACCAUGACUUUCUCGGACGGCCUGACCCUCAACAGAACCCAGAUGCAUAACGCCGGCUUCGGCCCGCUCACAGACCUGGUGUUCGCCUUCGCCGGGCAGCUGCUGCCCUUGGAGAUGGACGAUACUGAGACGGGACUCCUCAGCGCCAUCUGCCUCAUCUGCGGAGACCGUAUGGACCUGGAAGAACCCGCGAAGGUGGACAAGCUGCAGGAGCCGCUGCUGGAAGCGCUGAAGAUUUACACACGCCGCCGACGCCCCAACAAGCCUCACAUGUUCCCGCGCAUGCUGAUGAAAGUCACCGACUUACGAGGAAUUAGCACUAAAGGUGCAGAGAGAGCCAUCACACUGAAGAUGGAGAUCCCCGGUCCCAUGCCGCCGCUCAUCAGGGAAAUGCUGGAAAACCCGGACGCAUUUGAGGACAGCAGCGACUCGGCGGAAAGCCCCGCACCGGCCGCCGCCGCUGCGCCGCCUGCGCCGCCCGUCGUUCCGACCAUCAAGCAGGAGGAGAAAUCCACGUACGAGUCGGCGGUGGAGGAGGAAGAGGAGGAGGAGGAUGACGACUAUUGGGACGAGGACAGGGAACGGUUGGCGGACAGUGACGCCGAACCGUGGGGGGAAGCGGCUGCAGCGGCGACCAGCACAAACAAGAAAAGCGGGACAACGCAGUAGGAUGGACCCUCCCUUCCCUGGAAUCCUCAUCUUCACACCAUCAGGCUCUUAUAAAAGAAUUGCAAAGUUUACAGGGAGUGAGGGACAAAGCAAAAGCACUCAACAAGCGACUCAUUGUGGUCCGCAGUGACAGGAGGGAGGCGGGAGGGGGGGCUCACAAGGAAUGCCCCCCCCCCAGGAAAAGGGCUACGCUUGUAUAGAAAACAUCUCUUUUUUGGGGGGGUUACAGGAAACGCUACUUAUACUUUCUUCUUGUAUGAUGUAUUGUCUCAGCUCUUUGUCUCAUUUCUUCAUGGCGUGUGCGUUUAUGCGCUUAAGUGAGACAUCGUGAGAGCAAGUCUCCAACUUUCAAUGUCUUCCAGGGUGGUCAACGUCUUCCGAAAACAAGCAAUAGUGACUUUGGGAUCCUGAAUAUUAACAUCUUGUAUUAUCAAAGUCGCAUCUUGUUUGAAGCAAUCUGAAAAGUUGACAACCAGCAGUUGAAGACAGCAGACCAAUUUUAUUUCAUUUGCUCAUCCACUGAAAAUGGAUAAACAAUUGAAUCCACAAAUGAAUCGCACUGCUAAAUUUACGUCGAUUCCAAUCCCUGGACGUGAAAAAAAUGUGGUUCUAAAAUAACGAAAGCGCUCGUGAUGUCAGCACGGAAAGGCUUUUGAGCCUUUUUUGAUGUCCAUCUUCAUGUCCUCGUGCUCUUUGUGCUCACUAAUGGGACAACUUUGGCUUGAGUUGGACAUUAAGCAUAUCAAAUUUGAGUGCUCAGGCGCCUUUCCAUGUUAGUACUCUUGCAUUGCAUAAUGAAGAGGACGCCAUUAAGCCAUAAAGACGCCCCAGCAGCCAUUAUGAACUUUUUACAUCAUAGUAAUCCUCAGGUGUGUUUUUCUUUUUAACUGUAUGAAAAAAAUAAUUGCAUACUUUAAUUAACCCUGCAACCAUCUACAGUCAACCUCUGUUCAUUUUAAAAACUUUGGUUUUCCAGCUAACAAACGCACACAUAGAACACAGUGGCUAUUUCUCUGCUGCCAAAUAAUGUUUCAUCAUACCAUCGCAGUUAUGUAUGGCCUGAAUGUAAAGAAUGUCAUCAAAGUAUUAAAAAUGUCAGGAGGCUUAAGACGAAUGUUACUUCACUUUGAAUGUCACAAACUCAGUCCAAUGUUUUUGUUUGCAUUGUUAAAUGUCACGGAAUAAGACCCGCAACAGCAGCAGCAAGAUCCUCCAGGGGCAAUAAAGUCAUUUCUUUUGUCUUUUUCCUGAACUUGAGCCAGUGCAAUAAAACAAAAGCCGCCUGCAAGGUUGAGGGCGACAUCCGUACUAAAAAGUAUACAUUCAGACAACUCAAAACAACUAUGGCUCAUUUAAAUUCCAUCGCCUUGAUGAUUGUGACAUUUUUUUUGUAUUGUAUUGUUAUAUGCAGAGAAUAUUUAAUGACUUUUAAAGCUCAAACCAUCUCAAUGUGUCUUUUUUUUUUUUUUAAUAAUCAGCGACCUUCUCCGUGUGGAGAGAUUUAAACAUCUCAUGAAUGGGCUCAUUUGUUUCUCUUGGUAUUAAAUCUAUAUGUAGUUUGCUUCUUUGGUUUGCUUGUUAUUUUGGCUGUAUUUUUGAUAAAAGGCCCUUUGUGUUUUCACA